AUGGGAGAUAACUUACAGGAGUUUAAGUAUACAGAGCCAAUACUUAAAGAUACACUUAACAAAGCAUUUUAUAUAUGGCAUGAGAGUUUUUUACGGACUAAUGAUAACUCUACUAGUAUUUCACCUCAACCAAUUGCUUUUUCUUGUAACAUCAAUAUAAUUAGUCUAAUUUCAAGUAAAAGAUUUGGAGGUUUUUUAACUUAUGAUGGGUAUGCUUUUUAUUGGGUAUGGAGUAGUUUUAAUAAGGAUUUUUUUAAUUCUAAGAUUAAUUUAGCUAUUAAUCCUGCUCCUGUUGAAGUUAUAGAAGAACCUAUUAAAAAAAUAACAUGUGGUGUAAAUCAUAUAGCCUGUUUAGGAGAUAGUGAUACAGUAUAUUUUUGGGAUUUUGAUAAGCUAUUUAGAAAAGAAGAGCAAUUUAGGAAUAUUUCAGAUUUCUUAAUUAGAAAACCACUCAUGUUUUCUUAUUGGAAAUUUUCUGUUGUAAAGAUUACAAGUGGCUCCUCACAUUUGUUAAUAUUGUUAGAAAAUGGAUCAGUAUAUGGAAUUGGAGAUAACUCUAAAGGAGCUCUAGGACACUCAGAAGUAGAAGAUUGUUCAGAAUUACAAAUUAUAAGACUUAUAGAAGGUAAAGUCAUUGAUAUAGUUGCAGGAAAUGAUUUAUCAGCAUGUAUAACUGAUAAGAAAAAUGUUUAUUAUUGGGGCUAUAUUUCAUACUUACCAAAAGAUAAAAUUCAAUGGACUCCCAAAAUUAUAGAUACUGGAAAUCUGUUAAAUAAUCAUUUGGAAUGUUGCAGAUCUCAGAAAUGCGAUUUACAAAUUUGUUUAUUGGCUUUAUUUAAUACUAUUGCUAUAGGGAUUUGUUUUAUGUGUGAAGUGAUAUCUGGAAAUAGUCCAAAUUAUGCAACUCAUAUAUAUGUCUACAGUGAUAAAGAAGAAUCACUUAAAUUAUUAAAAGCUAUAGAUAAUAAAGAUGAGGCUUUUGUAUCACUUCAUUGGUUAAAUAACCAUUUAUGUGGCAAUAGAUUGGAUAAUACAGUUUGGUUUCAUUACAUUGAUUAUAAAGAUUUACUAAGUUCCUGUAAUUUGAAAAAUGAAAUUACAAUUAGACCAAAAGGAAGCACUUCACUUUCUCUUAUGUAUGGUAAUGGAGAUUGUCUAGUAUCUUUAGUAGAUAUGGAUAUAGCAUUAUCUGAAAAUAACUAUAAUAAUACUAUGGGUAUACCUUUUACAGAGGAAUCUUUUGAUGUUGAUUCUGAAAAAAAAAGUGUCCAUGUAGAAUUAGAACAGAAUCAAAAAGAAAUAUUUAUAGAAAGUAUUGAUCAUUUCAAUAAUAUUCGAAUUCCUAGCUUAACAACUUUGCAAGAAAGUGAUAAUGAAGAAACUAUUUGUAAGAUUAAUCAAGAGAUUGGUAUGAUGGACUUAAGUGGUAAUAAAUAUGAAGGAGAUUGCAUAAAAAUUUCAACAAUGGAAAGUGUAAUUAAUGAGAAGAAAAAUUUUAAUUUACAAACUCCCAGUGAUAAUAUAGAUGACCAUUCAAAAGAAGAAAUAAUUAGAGAUAGUUUAGAAAAAUUUAUUGAUAUCACUAAUGAAGAGAAAAAUCGAAAUAUUUCAAAUAAACAAGAAACAGAUUACAAAAGUACUAGUUACCAGUCAACCACUCAAAACUCCGAAAACUCUUUGCAGAGUUUUUCAUCUUCUUCUAUAUGUCAACCUAUAGAAUUACCAUCUUAUUUAAAGCCUACAAAGGCAUUUACUAUUUCUACUUUUGCCUCAAAUCUACCAAUUUUUUCAAAGCAUUCAUAUUUAAAAAAAGGUGAAGGUAAGGUAAACAAAACAAUUAAAAAUAAAAAAACAAAUAUAAUGGAUAUGAAGAAUAAUAUUAGUACAUCAGAUAUAUAUAUAAAUAAUCGUUUAGAUCAUUUUGACCCCUAUCAAAGAAAAAAACUCGAAGAAUAUUACAAUAAAAUCUCUAAUCUAGAGAUGGAAAAUAAGAAACUUCAAAAAAUUCUUAAUAAUACAAAUGAACAAUACUUAAAAGAUAUGAAAAUGAUGUAUAAUAAACUUAAAGAAAAGGAUGAGGAGAAAUUUCCUUUAAAAAAUGUUGUUACAACUUUACAAAGAGAACUCUUUAUAGAACGUGAAGAAAAAGAGAAAUUUAAGGAAGAACUUAAUAAGUAUAAAAUUCAACUUCAAGGUGAGAUAGAAAAUAAGAAUAUUAAAAAAGAACUUCUUAAUGGUCGAUUAUUAGCGGAGAGAAAUAGACUUGCUAAGGAUAAAGACGAACUAAAACUUGAAAAUAAUAAGAUGGAAACUAAACUAGCUCAAAUUGAGUUAAUUCUUAAUGAAGUUACUGGACGUUACAGCAAGUUAGAAGAAGAAUACAAGGAAUUGAAUAUAAAAUAUGAAUCUUUAGAUCAUAAUCAUACAGAAUGUAUUAAUAGCUUAUCCAAAUCUGAAUUGGAAAUAUAUGAAUUGAAAAAAGAAUUAGAACAUCUAAAUCAAAUGAAUAAACAGCAAAAAUCCGUGGAUUAUCUAUAUAACUACAUAGAAGAAUUAGAAACAAUGAUCUCGCAGAUAAAAUCUGAAUCAUCUGAGCAGAGAGUCUCAAAUAACAAUGAAUUUGAAAAAAUUACUGAAUGUAUUAUAAUGAAAACUAAGGAACUUGAGAUAUCAUUUAAUGAAUCAAAUUGUCUCCUUAGCAUAAAUGACUGCAAUAGUAUACUUAUAAAGGGAAUUAAUGAUCUAAUCUCGUUAAUAAUUACUAAUAUUAAAAAAGAUCAAGAUUUAAAUAUUGAACUCUUAGAAAGUCGGAUUUCAGUUUUAGAAGAGAAUCUAAUGAAUAAAGAGAAGGAGAUUACAACUUUAAUAGAUAAGGAGCUGUGCUGUGAUGAAUAA